AUGAAACAUUUGAGACAUUCUCCAAAACCAGCCUUACUUCUUGGGUCUUCUGGAUUAAUUCCCUUUAUAAGUGCGCCAUGUUAUUUGAUCAUGUCCCAAACAUACUUGCAUCACAUUGCGUUUGCUCAGUUGAUGUAUGGGGCUACAAUAUUAUCUUUUUUAGGCGGUGUCAGAUGGGGAUAUGUUAUAACCAAAGAUGAAUUGUUAAACUGGUUCAAUUUGGGCUACAGUGUAACCCCACCGUUGAUUGCUUGGAUUGGACUAUUAUUUCCUUUUCCUAUAGGAAUGAUAACAAUGAUAUCAGGAUUAGCUUUAUCAGCAUAUUUUGACACUAUGCUAAGAGGAUACCCUCCAUGGUUCAAGGCCCUAAGAUUUACCCUGAGUUUUUUUGCUGUGCUUUCUCUGUGGACAACUUUUGUUUGUCGAUAUCUGUUAGAUCACCCACAAGAAAACCGGGACGAGUUAACUAACCAAUGA